UUUAAUUAUUUAUUGCUUUAUUCAUUUGCAGAAUAUGAUGGAGAUGACAUUAUCCUUUGCUGCUGAUAGUCCUCCACUUUCAGUCAUUGCUGCGGCAAAGAUUGGUGGCAUUUUUAUAACUCCUGAUUCUAGUCUUCCCUCUGGCUCUACUCCGUUUUUUCAGUUCAGUUGUGGCUUGAAAUUGCGUGGCACCACUGUACUUCUACGCUAUCUUGGUCGAGUGGCAGCUAUUCCCAAUUUCUACGGGCAGGAUGCAUUGGAAGCAGGCCAGAUCGAUGAAUGGCUAGAAUAUGCCUUUAUCUUUUCUCGUGGUUCUGAAUUUGAGAGUGGCUGUUCCUAUGUUGAUGACUAUCUAUUGUUGAGGACUUUCUUGGUCGGUAGUAGUCUGUCUGUUGCAGAUAUUGCCAUCUGGGCUGGUCUUGCAGGUAGUGGACAAAGAUGGGAGAGCUUAAGAAAGUCGAAGAAAUACCAAAAUCUAGUCCGUUGGUUCAAUUCAAUAGCAGCCGAAUACAAUGUAUUGUUAAAUGAAUUCACAGCGGUAUAUAUUGGGAAAAGAGGUCUUGGAAAGCCAUUAAUGAUCAAACCAAAGGAAGGCGAGCAGCGUGUUAAUCAAUCAACAAGUGUGAAUGGGGAAAGUAAUGAGAAGGGGAAGGUUGGCACUCGACCCACAUUUGAAGUUGAUCUUCCCGAUGCUAAAAUUGGAGAGGUCUGCUUGCGGUUUGCACCAGAACCCAGUGGGUAUCUUCACAUAGGGCACUCAAAAGCUGCACUCUUGAAUCAGUAUUUUGCUCAAAGAUACCAAGGUCGUAUGAUUAUUCGUUUUGACGACACCAAUCCCUCAAAAGAAAGCAAUGAAUUUGUUGACAAUCUGCUAAAAGACAUUGAGACACUGGGCAUCAAGUACGAGAAGGUUACAUACACUUCAGAUUACUUCCCACAGUUGAUGGAAAUGGCUGAAAGAUUGAUACAUCAAGGGAAGGCUUAUGUUGAUGAUACACCCAGGGAACAGAUGCAGAAAGAAAGGAUGGAUGGUAUUGAAUCAAAAUUUAGGAAUAAUAGCCCUGAGAAGAAUUUGGAAUUGUGGAAAGAGAUGAUUGCAGGAUCUGAUAGGGGAUUGCAGUGCUGUCUCCGUGGUAAGCUGGACAUGCAAGACCCAAAUAAGUCACUUCGAGAUCCAGUGUACUAUCGGUGCAACCCAGUUCCUCACCAUCGUAUUGGGUCCAAGUAUAAGAUAUACCCUACAUAUGAUUUUGCAUGUCCUUUUGUUGAUGCUUUUGAAGGUAUAUCACAUGCUCUACGAUCUAGUGAAUACCAUGAUCGGAACGCGCAGUAUUACAGAAUUCUUGAGGAUAUGGGAUUGCGCAAGGUUCACAUUUAUGAAUUUAGUCGGUUGAAUAUGGUAUACACACUUCUCAGUAAGAGGAAGCUUCUUUGGUUUGUUCAAAAUGGAAAAGUUGAUGGAUGGGAUGAUCCUCGUUUCCCAACUGUGCAAGGAAUAGUGCGAAGAGGUUUGAAGAUUGAAGCCUUGAUACAAUUCAUUCUGGAACAGGGCGCCUCGAAAAAUCUCAAUCUCAUGGAGUGGGACAAACUGUGGACCAUUAAUAAGAAGAUAAUUGAUCCAAUAUGUCCUAGGCAUACAGCAGUAGUUGAAGAACAGCGUGUGAUGUUGACCCUUAUGGAUGGACCUGAGAAACCGUUUGUCCGUAUAAUACCUAGGCAUAAGAAAUAUGAAGGGGCUGGAAGCAAAGCUACAACAUACACGAAGAAAAUAUGGAUAGAUCAUGCUGAUGCACUCUGUGUCUCACAGAGUGAGGAGAUAACUUUAAUGGAUUGGGGGAAUGUAAUAACUAAAGAAAUUGUAAAGGACCAAGAUGGAAAUGUCACUGGAUUGGUUGGAGCUUUGCACCUUGAAGGCUCUGUUAAGACCACCAAGUUGAAGCUUACGUGGCUACCUGUAAUGGAUGAGCUUGUUAAUCUAUCCUUGUUUGAGUUCGACUAUUUGAUCACCAAGAAGAAGCUGGAAGAAGGGGAGGAUUUUCUUGAUGUUCUUAACCCUUGUACAAAAAAGGAAACUGCUGCACUUGGGGAUUCCAACAUGCGCAACCUGAAGCGUGGGGAGGUAAUACAGCUGGAGAGGAAGGGCUACUUCAGGUGUGAUGUUCCAUUUAUUAGAUCUUCAAAGCCUAUUGUUCUAUUUGCAAUCCCAGAUGGUAGGCAACAAGCAUCACUCAGAUGA